AUGUCAGAGAUUCUUCAAGACAUUCAGAGGAAGCUGGUGUUCCCUAUCGACUUCGUGGGUCAACGCACAACACACAAGAUUGUCAAUGGUGCACUUUUUGUAGGGUCUAUCGCCGCUUGUUUGGUGGGUUUUUUCACCCAGUCAGUUGGGAACCUCCUUUACUGCUUUCUGGCUGCGUACUUCACCUGUCUCCUCGCAGUGCUACCAAGUUAUUCCAAGUACAACAAGAAUCGUCCAGAGUGGGUUCAUCCUAAGAUAGGUAACUAG